GAGAGAGAGAGAGAGAGAGAGAGAGAGAGAGACGGCGUGUUUUCUCAUUGAACUCUAAACCACACGAGUGCAGGUGAGAGGACGGACCUCAGCUCAGACUCUCCAGCACAGGAGACAAUGGCUGACCCUCAAGCGGCACCUUCUUCUGAAACCACCGACCACAAACCCGAAGCCGAAGCCGAGCCGACGGCCGGAGAGGACGCGACACCGCAGAGCAGCACAGAGGAAGCGGCUCCGGUCCAGGGAGGAAGCGAAGAGUCUCCAAACCCGGAGGAGCAAAACGAAGCUGGACAGGAAGUGACAUCGGCGGGAGCGGAGGAAGAGAAGCCGGUGGGCGGGGAAGCGGCCGAGGAGAAGAAGGAAGAGAAAGCGGUCGAAGAGAAGAAAGAUGCAGGUGAGGAGAAGAACGAGGACGUCGAGACAGGAGACGGGCAGAGUGAAGAAAAAACGAGUCAGGACGAAGGAGGAGAAGGAGACGGAGGACAAGAAGACGAGUACGCUGCUCCGGCCGACAAGUACAAAACUGUGAGCUACAGGAAGAUUAAGAAAGGCUACGCAAGGCAGAGGAUCAGUGCUUUCGAGACCCAGGACUUUGUGCCAAUGGAGGAGGAGGAGGAGGGAGCGUCUGAGGAGCAGAAGGACGGAGCGACGGCUGAAGCUCAGACCGACGGAGAGACGUCGUGUCAGGACGGGCAGAAGGACGAGAAGACGGAUGGAGAAGGACAGGGCGGAGAGAAAGCGGAUGGAGAAGAGGGAGAUGAGCAGGAAGAGGAAGACGGUGAGGACGAGAACGCAGGCGAGGAGGCGUGUAACGGACCGGACGGGAAACAGAAGCAGUCCGGAAUCUCAAAGUACUUCACUGUCAGCUACAGGAAGAUAAAGAAAGGGCUCACAAAGCAGAGGGUGGAUGAGUUCGAGUUCAUGGGAGUGCAGCAAUGAGUUCACACACACACACACACACACACACACACACACACACACACACACACACACACACACACACACACACACACACACACACACA